GCAAGAGAGACUCACAGAGAAGAAAAAGAAAGAAGACAGAGGAAAAAAGGAAGAGAGAAAGAAAGAGAAAGGGAGAAAGAGAGGAAGGAAGAGAAAGAAAGAAAGAAAGUCAGACCGAGAGACAGUGAAUAUAAUAAAGACUCCCACCCACCCUCAGAAGCAGGCCCACACAAAGACACACACACACACACACCGCGCGCGUGCCCACCCCACCAGGAAAACGUAGGUGGAGGAGGGAGACCGGGUGUGUGUGUGUGUUUUGUGUGUGUGGAAAUCAAAGCAGAAAAAAAGUUUUUUCUGGGGGCGUUGAGUCGGUUUGGGGGGAGCCAAGGGAGGCUCGCCGGAUCGCAGCUCCUGGCCGGGCGGGGGGGGGGGUCUUCUGUCCUGCCCCACAAGCUGGAUCCGGGCGCGAUGGAAGCGGUGGCCGCCUACGGCAUGGACAAGCAAUUCGCCCCCAACCCGGUCCGGAUCUUGGAGCCUGCAGACAACCCCCAGGCGCGCAAGAACUUCAGCGUCAGUCACCUCUUGGAUCUGGAGGAAGCGGCCGUCGGCAUGAACGGGACGGCCCAGGACACCGGCUCCGAGGCUCGGGAAGGCGGCAAGGGGGCUUUCGACCCCUCCGGGGGCAGCAGCGGCAGCGAAGGAGGAGGAGGAGGAGGAGGAGGAGGAGGAGACGCGCUGCGGGAAGGGCAGAGUUUGAGUCCAACCCACUCCUCCUCUAAACGGAAGAAGAAACAACGGAGGAACCGAACCACAUUCAACAGCAGCCAACUCCAAGCCCUGGAACGCGUCUUCGAGAGGACCCACUAUCCGGAUGCUUUCGUGCGGGAGGAGCUGGCCCGAAGGGUGAGCCUGAGUGAAGCCAGAGUCCAGGUUUGGUUUCAGAACCGAAGAGCAAAAUUUCGCCGGAACGAGAGAGCGAUGUUGGCCAACCGGUCGGUAUCGCUCCUCAAAUCCUACACCCAAGACACAGCCAUCGAGCAGCCCGUCGCUCCCCGGCCCACCACCCUCAGCCCCGACUAUCUAUCCUGGUCGAGCACCACCCCCUACAGCAACACGAUGCCUUCGUAUGGUUCCAGCGCCCCCAGCACCCCCACGCCGGGUGUCAACAUGGCCAACAGCAUUGCCAGCUUGCGCCUUAAAGCCAAAGAGUUCAGCCUCCACCAGAACCAGGUACCCACCGUGAACUGACCUGCCCAUCCUUCCUCGGCUGCCACCAGCAGCAUCCCUGGCGAUCUCCACCAAUCAAGACACUGGAGAUGCUCAUGGUCUAUCAGGGCUCAAAACUCUUCCCCUGCCUCCCAACUGAUCUCCUUCUUCUGAAGACCAAAGGAGAGAGCUUCAACCGAGUUGAGAAACUUCUUGACGCUCCCUUGGGGAUGAGGCAGCCUCUUCGAGAUCUUGCUGGUGGGCCAUGACUUCUUCAAGGAAGAGGAAGCGAUCCAGAAGAUGCAGCUAACCAGAAAUGAAGACACGGAUCUUGGAGAGCUUUCAAGUUGGGUUGAAAGCCUAACAAAUCUAACACUUCAAGAACACGGGCUUCAAGAACCCAAAUACAAUCUGGUUACUUCAUGGUCUUUUCAAGCGUGAUUAUCUCUUCCUUCCUUGCCUGGGUGUGGUGGCCUUGGGGCCGCUGAGAUUUGGCACGGAGCAGUUUUUAUUCCAAAUUGACAUCUCUCCUGUCCAUGUUAGUUUGUCCGUCUCUGCAAUAUACACGCACGUCAAGGACAGGUGGGCUCUGCUUGGCUUUAAAACGGAAACGGUGCUUGUUCUAAUUCGCCACGUGCCUCGAAUUCAUGGGAAAAGCAGCGAAGUCUCAGAAGAACUUGUCUGAAACAGGGAUGGCAGCCCUUGGACAAACCAGCAAACCAGUUUGUUUGCACGGCUGUGAUUCCUUUAGAACAGCAGGGUGUUUUGUGGUUGUUGUUUUUUUUGUUUUUUUUUGCAAUUUAGCCAGGUUCCAAAAUGAACAUUUGCUGCUUAAAUCAGAGGGCGGAUUUGCAAGAGAGAUUUUGGUUUUGUUUUGUUUUGUUUAAGAAAAGGGACACUGAAUUUAGGUGGUGGAAGAUGGGCAGCUGAGGAGGGGCCGAUGCAGAAAAGAAAAAAAAAACAGGGCUGGGGGCUGCAAUUAAAUCGUUUCCGUUGCCAUAUCAGCUUUGCAUUCCCAUAAUCCUCACUCGGUUUUAUUUGUCUCCAGCUUUGCUCAGUUUCGGGCCAGAAGAGGAAAAGGUACAUAUUAAGGAGGAUUUUGCUGGGAUAACAGGUUGCCGCAAAUUUUUUUGGGGGGGGUUGGGAGGGAUUUUCAUUCUGUUCCGUCUUUGUGAGAAGCACGUCGCACAUUCCAGUUAGGCUGGCUCAUCUGUUUCCAUUCCCCAGAAUUCCCAUAAGGUAGUCCUCAAUUUAUGGCCAUCCGUUGAAAGUUAUGAUGGAGCUGGAAAAAACCCAAAGUGAUUAGUGACUGGCUUUUCACACAGUUGUGGCAUCUCCAUGUGUGACAUCCUGGAUAGUUUCUGACGCGCGAAGUCAACGGGGAAUCCAGAUUCACUUAACAACUGCAAGAAGGAAAGAAAGGUCAUAAGAUUGUGAGUGACUCAUUUAAUGGCCCCAUCACUUGAGGACAGACGAUGCAGUCCCAAUUUUGGUCGUUAAGUCAAGGCCUACCUGUUAUUUUGAUUUCCCAGAAUCUCCCAAUGAAAGGAAUAUUUUAAAUUGCCCCAAUCAAAAGAUUUAUAGCCCCCGAGGAGGGGAUGGCUCUGUUUCAAACAGGACCCCAAAGUUUUGCUCCGGAAACUCCUUUCAGAAUGGAACUUUUAGUGGAAGACUCAACCCUUGGAACAAUUUCAGUCUGUUUCCUUCGCCCACCCAGUCCCUACAGAAAUAAAAAUCUGAAAUCUCAGUCUUAUAUAGUGGUUUUUUUUUCCAUCCCAUUCCUCACACCUGACAAGCAUCUGUGCAUUGCUUUGCGGUGUUUUUAAUUUUUAUUUAUUUGUAGCCAUCUUUUUUUAUUAUUUUUACAAAUAACUCAUGGCGGUGACCCCGAGUGGUUGACAUCCAUUUUUUUUUAACUACCGGUUUGGUGGGCGUAGCUUGGUGAGUGUGGCAGGGGAAGGAUACUGCAAAAUCUCCAUUCCCUCCCCACUCCAGGGGGAAGGAUAUUGCAAAAUCUCCAUUCCCACUCCACUCUGGGGCCAGCCAGAGGUGGUAUUGGCCGAUUCUCCAAACUGCUCAAAUUUUUCCGCUACUGGUUCUCCAGAACCUUCCAGAACCUGCUGGAUUUCACCCCUGCGGUGAACGUAUCCGCUUUCUUCUUCCUAUUUUCCCCACAACCACCACCCUGUGAGGUGGGUUGAGCUGAGAAAGAGGGACUGGCCCAAAAUUACCGAGCCGGCUUUCAUGGCUGAGGCAGGACUAGAACUCACCAUCUCCCACUUUCUAAGCCAGGUGCCUUAGCCACUGGACAAAACCAGUUCUUUUGUGAUCGUACACAGGAUAUUUUCUAGCAGUCCAUUUCUGGAAUCCAACAACACUGGUUUCUGGGAAUUAUCUAUAUACAAGACCCAGUGGCCUAGAGGUAGAACUCUUGCCUCACAAUUUUUUUUUUAAUU